AGAGAGGCGUGGUCCUGUUCCUGAACUUCAGUUAUAUAACUCCAUUUAUAGUGGUACUUGAGCGCUUGCGAAAAUGUAUCAAUCUUUAACUUAAUUUAAAUUUGCUAGGUUGUUAGGCUACAUUGUAACAAACAGCCAGCAGUGGUGUAACCUUUAAGACAAUUCUAAGGGCAAAGGAUCCCGUUAUUCUCUGUGUCAAAGUGAACCAAUCACAGCAGGUCAACGCGCUGUCAGCCAAUAGGAAGCCAGUUUCUAUACCACGUUGACUCGUCGUUAACAAGCAACACGGGAAGAGCUUAAAUUGGUGCAUCAAACACCAGAAUACUUCUGAAAAUGGGAUAGUAUUGUCAGCUCUUUGUUUAAUUGUAGUAAGUUUAAUUUAAUUGUGACGCUAUGGUGUCGUUUUCAUGGCCGGAUUAUCUGAGCAGCUCCGUGCUCUCACAUGAAAACAUUAUAGCUUUGAUAGUAUUCGUGAUAGUGUAUUUUCUAGUUACAUUUUAUCAGAGAGGACGGGACCUCGCAAAUAUUCCGCCAGGUCCAAAGCCGUGGCCGGUAGUCGGCAACUUUGGUGGCUUUCUCAUCCCCACUUUCAUCCGUAGGAGUUUCGGACAGCAGCCAGACAGUUCCGUCAUAAACGCUGUGGUUGUUUUAACGGAACAAGCCAACGUGUAUGGUAAUGUCUACAGCCUUUUUGUGGGGAGUCAGUUGGUCGUCGUGCUUAAUGGCUACGAAGUGGUGAAGGAUGCUCUCUCAAACCAUCCCGACGUGUUCUCCGACAGACCAACUGUUCCUACUGUUACUAUUAUGACUAAACGCAAAGGAAUAGUCUUUGCACCUUACGGGCCAGUGUGGAGAAAGCAGCGCAGGUUCUGCCACACCACACUCCGCAACUUUGGCCUGGGAAAGUUAAGCUUGGAGCCUUGCAUCCUGCAAGGCCUGGCUACCAUCAAAACAGAGCUGCUCAAACUGAACGAGGAGUCUGGUGGUGCCGGUGUGGACCUGGCCCCGCUGAUCAGCAACGCCGUGUCAAACGUCAUCUGCUCGCUGAUCCUGGGUCAGCGCUUCCAUCACGAUGACCUCGAGUUCCGCAACAUGCUGGGCCUAAUGGUUCGUGGGCUGGAGAUCUGUGUGAACAUCCCCGCGGUUCUCAUCAACAUCUUUCCACUGCUGUACUAUUUGCCUUUUGGGGUCUUCAAGGAGUUACGGCAGGUGGAAAGAGACAUCACAGUGUUCCUGAAGAGGAUUAUUGCAAAGCACCGUGAAACAUUAGAUCCUGACAGCCCAAGGGAUCUAGCAGACAUGUACUUCAUAGAGAUGUUGUCCCAGCAAGCUGCUGGGGAGGAGGACAGCAGUUUCACAGAAGAUUAUCUCUUUUAUAUAAUAGGAGAUCUCUUCAUUGCUGGCACUGACACCACCAGUAAUUCUGUUUUAUGGACUCUGCUCUACAUGGUCUUACACCCUGAUAUCCAAGAAAAGGUCCAGGCAGAGAUUGAUGAAGUGGUGGGCCGAAACAGUGUCCCAUCUUUGACUGAUAAGGGGAGUUUGCCUUUUACUGAAGCUACCAUCAUGGAGGUGCAGAGAUUGGCUACAGUGGUUCCUCUGGGUAUUCCUCACAUGGCCUCUGAGACAACGGAGUUCAGAGGCUACACUAUUCCCAAAGGAACAGUUGUUUUGCCCAACCUGUGGUCUGUCCACAGAGAUCCCACUGUGUGGGAUGACCCAGACAGUUUCAACCCAGCACGCUUCUUGGACGAUGAGGGAAAGUUGAUCAGGAAAGAGUGCUUUAUGCCAUUCGGGACAGGUCGUAGGGUGUGCAUGGGUGAACAGCUGGCGAAGAUGGAGCUGUUCCUGAUGGUUACCAGUUUAUUGCAGGCCUUCGAAUUCAGACUUCCAGAGGGAGUGCCUCCUCCCCUGCACGGGCGAUUCGGCCUGACGCUGGCACCCUGCCCAUACACUGUGUGUGUGAACCUUCGUAGAUGAAACGGUGGAAGACUUGGUUUGACCAGAUUUUCUGUAAACCGGGUGUUCUGAUGCAAAGAGCCUUGCAGAAGGCCAAAGAUGUUGGUGAAGGUGUCCUGUAAUCAUGUGCAAAAUAUAAAAAGCAUGUUUUGAUUGGAAUGUAGCUGUUUUGCUAAGGACGGAUGCAUAUUAUAUUUAUCAGUUAAUUUGAUUAUUCAAGCAAUCAUUUUAUCCAUACAAUUUUAAAAAAUGAGAAAUACUCAUCAGAAGUGACUACAAUCCAAACUGGCUAACAGUAAGUAAUACAUCUGCAAUAUGAUCCAGAACAGCUGCAAAUAAUCUAAUUUAAGAAGCUGGAACCAGCAAAUGUUUUGUAUAAUCACUUGAUAAUCAAGUGUUGAUUAAGGUGUUAUUUGUGGUGAUAAAUUUUUAAUUACACACUCAAUAAAGUAACCACUAUGCCAGAUACUUAAAA